UAAAGCGCCAAAUUAUAUCAUCUCAAUUCAAAUCAACACUAACACUGAAGAACAGAGCUCACUGAAAAACUUUAAAAAAAAAAACGGAAACAGAGAAAUCGUACCGGGUUGGUUUAAUUUGUGAUGGAGGAGGGAUCGUCUUCUUCGAUGCAGUCAAAGUACAAAGGAGUGAGGAAGAGGAAAUGGGGGAAAUGGGUUUCAGAGAUCAGACUACCAAACAGCAGAGAACGUAUUUGGUUGGGCUCUUACGAUACUCCUGAGAAGGCGGCGCGUGCUUUCGACGCGGCUCUUUAUUGCCUCCGUGGCAACAACGCCAAGUUCAAUUUCCCUGAUAACCCUCCGGUGAUCAACGACGGACGAAACUUGUCGCGAUCUGAGAUCAGAGAAGCUGCUGCUAGGUUCGCUAAUUCGUCGGAGGAUGAUUCAAGUGGCGGAGGAGCAGGAUACGAGAUACGGCAAGAGUCGACUUCAACAUCGAUGGACAUUGAUUCGGAAUUCUUGACUAUGCUUCCGACUGUUGGUUCGGGUAAUUUCGCUUCGGAGUUUGGGUUAUUCCCUGGGUUUGAUGAUUUCUCCGAUGAAUACUCCGGUGAUCGUUUCAGAGAGCAGCUUUCACCUACACAAGAUUAUUAUCAAGGAGAAGAGGAUUACGAAGGUGGUUCCAUGUUUCUUUGGAAUUUUUGAAUUUCAUGUGAUUCACAAUCUGAAAAUUUUGAUUUGGGUUUUUUAAUUUUUUUUUGUUAUUCUUUUUACCCAAUUUUUUUGGAUCAUUGGGAUAAGGGAAAUUCAUUCAUUAUUUUUUUCCCACGUGUUAGAAUUUUUCAGAUGGGAAAAGGCCAACUUAAUAAAACAAAUAUAUUUGGAUAAAA